AAGCACAAGAGCUCAUCACCAGCUUCAAUUAUUGAAGCAAUUGACCAGCUUAAGAAAGGGGUUGAAGUAAUGAUGCUGUCAGCUGAGCUGAUGCGUGAUCGGAUCGCUAGUCUUGAGAGAGCUAAUGAGGCAGCGUCAGCACGUAGACAACGCAAGAAGAAGCGUAUACAGAAGCAUGGGGUAUUAACAAAGGGAGCUGGCGAGGAUUUACUCGCUCAACGUAAGGCUGAUGAGCAGAUUAAUCGUGAGGAGCGUCAGGGAGGAGAGCAAUCAGGUGUUAGUCGUCAGGCUCUUGCGCGCUGCACAAGGUGCAGAGAGCGUGGCCACAACUCACGUACGUGCAAGAAAGAUACUGUAGCUACUGCUUAA